GGCGGGGCCGAACUCCCUUUCCCAGGGGGCCGGCCGGGAGCCGUUCCAGUCGGGGCGGGUAAACAGAACUUGGCGGCGGGGGAGCGAGGCGCCGACCUUCGGCCGGGCAGGGACUGAGGAGACGCCAAAGCGUGUCAUGACAGGCGCCCGUGAGCCGGCGAGGGGACCCCCGGCGGCGCAGAGACGGUUCCGCCUGCGGGAGCCUCGGCUCGGGGCGACGUGCCCCCGCCUCCCGUGCAGCCCCCCGUAGCCGCCCACGGGGAUUUGCUGGGGCAAAAGAGUUGGCAGUGGCGAACUUGUCGAACGUUCUGGAACUUUUAUUGCAGGCUCGGAGCCUCGUUCCUCCCACGAGCUUCACAGGCCUGCCAUGAACCGACAAAGACCCAAGGUUAAUCCAGCCCGGGGGUGGCCUGAUGGCAGUUGAGCAAACCAGGUCACUGUCACUGGGUGCUGCAUUUUGUUUGUUUUGGUUUGGGGCCACAGCAGGUGGUAGUCAGGACUCACUCGAGGCUCUGCUCCUGGAUGGUUCCUGGCCGGCCCCGGAGACCAUCGGGGGUCCCUCCCCACAGUCCUGUCAUCUGGCCCCGAGUGCUCCUUUUGUUGCAUUGACCUCAGCUUGAUGCUGUGACCUGCAGCAUCAGUGAGACUGUGCCCUCCAGAAGCAAACUGCCCGGGGAAGAGACAAGUUAUAGAAAGCUGUCUAUAAGCCCUGAUCGAGUCCCUCAACCAGAAAACCCAGUCUGCUGGUGACCAGUCCCAUCCCACAGAGGAGACCCAUGCCACCCACAGGAAAAUGGGAGCCGAUGCCCCCUCCGCUAACGGUGAAGCUGGAGGAGGAGAGAGCACCAAGGGCUACACUGCGGAACAAGUAGAGGCCGUGAAAAGGGUGAAGCAGUGUAAAGAUUACUACGAGAUCCUGGGGGUGAGCAGAACGGCCUCCGACGAAGACCUGAAGAAGGCCUACCGCAAACUAGCCCUCAAAUUCCACCCAGACAAGAACCGUGCACCGGGAGCCACUGAGGCUUUCAAAGCCAUCGGUACCGCAUACGCAGUGCUUAGCAACCCAGAGAAGAGGAAGCAGUACGACCAGUUCGGCGAUGACAAGAGCCAGGCUGCCCGGCACAGCCACGGGCACGGAGACUUCCACCGGGGCUUUGAGGCUGACAUCUCCCCCGAAGACCUUUUCAACAUGUUUUUUGGUGGUGGCUUCCCGUCAAGUAAUGUGCAUGUCUACAGCAACGGACGCAUGCGCUACACUUACCAGCAAAGACAGGACCGCAGGGAGAACCAAGGCGAUGGAGGACUGGGUGUAUUUGUUCAGCUGAUGCCCAUCCUCAUCCUCAUCCUCGUGUCAGCCCUCAGUCAGCUCAUGGUCUCCAGUCCACCCUACAGCCUGAGCCCCAGACCGUCAGUGGGCCAUGUCCACAAGCGAAUCACAGACCACCUGGCCGUCAUCUACUAUGUGGCAGACACCUUCUCUAGUGAGUACACGGGCUCCAGCCUCAAAACAGUGGAACGAAACGUGGAAGACGAUUACAUCGCCAACCUCCGGAACAAUUGUUGGAAGGAGAAGCAGCAGAAGGAAGGCUUGCUGUACCGGGCCCGAUACUUCGGCAACACAGACAUGUACCACAAAGCACAGAAGAUGGGCACUCCUAGCUGUAACCGACUGUCCGAGACUAUGAAAUCCCUGGAGAAUUUUUGGUGACAUGCACUGAGCCAAGGUGACGGACUGUGUAUUUAAGGAAAGACUUAAAACAAAUUAAAAGCAUCGGAGGCCGCUCGCGCCCAGCUUCCCUCUCUCUCACCCAGUACACGCGCAGAACGCUCUUAGGACGACAGGAAAACCUGCCGGAGGGGGGGUGGGGGGGCUGCUUCCCUUCCUCAAGGGUUGGCCUGCCCAGCUCCUAGGAUACAGAAACCAUGGCAACGAAAGUAGAAUCUGAAACUUGCAGGACGGCUGUGGCAGGGGGAGGGGCGCUCAACUGCCUUCUGCCCCUCCUAAGAGCCACCUCGUCCUGUGUCCUGGUGGGGGUGGGGGGGGCGGGGGGCUGUGCCAGGCCACAGGAGAGGGGAUGCCCCAAGAAUGUAACAUGACCGUGUGUGUAUUUGUCUAUAUAUCUAUUUAUAUGUACAUAGCAUAUAUAAAGAUAUAUAUAGAUAUAGUCUACCUUGGAAGCUAUGCAGGGAUUUGGUUAAGUCCUUUAGCUGAUUCCCUCCAUGUUCUAGAAAAGCCUGUGGCAGGGAGAUGAGCUGAUCCUCCAGAUUGGACAUUCACUGUAGUUUCCACAUUGGGAAAGUGGGGCCCUACGUUUUCACCCCCUCCCCGGCCUGGCUUGGAGGCAGCGCAAUCAUGGUAGUAUAAAUCUGGAGAGAGCUUUUGGGGGCUGCUGGUGUACGGCUCAGCUAUUGGAGAGCAGCUAGGCAGACGGGUGCGGGUGCAGGGUACCCCUGGGAGCUGGCACCGGGUCUCCACUCAGGCAUAGUGGAGGCCCGGGACAGGUCCUGUAUGGUGCGACCUCUCCUCAGGCUUUGGCCAGGCAGAAGGGCUCCUUGUCACACCCAGGAGUCCUCUGCCCCUGCUCCCCAGAACAGCAGCAUUAGAGGGGCCAGGUGCUGCUCUCCCGUAAUUCAGCAUGGGUUCUGCCUUAGAGGGGCCACAGGGUACAGUUCUGUGUUGCCGUUGCUUUGUCCUAAGUCAGGCAUGCAAGACCCCAGAAGGUUCUUCCUGCAAGUCAGCCAGACGGUGCCCACGGACCAGCUGUGAAGGAAGCUCACCCCUGGGCGUCCGGUCCCGCCUCCUUCCUGCACUGUGGACAGAUGCGCUGGACCAGGAGGGUUCCUGGCCUCGCCUUCAAACGAGGCUUUGUCCUGAAACAACCGUCGCUGCCAGGGAUGGGAGGGAGGUUUUAUUUAUUGCCCCGGUGGAUGCUGGGCCUUCGGGCAUUGCUGUUUUCCUCUGCACUGGGUGACAUUGAGCCUGCCACCUUCCAAAGCCUUACUUCCCUGAGCUGCCAGCCAGGAGCAGGCAGCCUCCUGCCACUGUUUCUCUUGGCUCUUUUUUUUAAAAAAGUCCCCACCAAAUAGGGUUCUUCCUGGGAAACAAGCUUGGUAAAAGAAACGUCGAGUCUGGUUUGGACACAAGGUCCUGCCCUGGGAUGAAGCGGCCUCCAGCCCAGAGAGAGGCUGAGAACUGGACACAGAGCGUCCAGCGGAGGGGCCCUGCGGCCCUGCCUACCGCCCCAGCCGUUUGGUCCUGGUAGAUGUCCCUGGACAGGCUGAGCCAUGUGCAAUAAGAACACAGAUCCUAAAGGAUCCCCUGAGAAGCUGUAUUUCUUGAAUUAGAAUUCUGAAAUUGUACAUCUAUAAAUAUAUGUUUAUUAUGUGA